AAGAGAACGACAUCAUGCAGACAUAUGCAUAAGCUCUAGUAUUUAUUAUCCCUGGAGGUGUGGAGACAUCCUGUCAGUGCUGAACCAACAAUAUCAUUCUGCAGGCUGAACGACAGGACCUGCCAUAUUAGUGGGAUGAUCGGUGAUCGUCCGGAGGCGCCGUUGCAAUAGUGCGCCGAAGAGUGCAAGAAUCGGACAAACUGUCUGCUUCACCGUCUGUGCACUCGCCGAAAUGACUUCGCCGCCGCCGACACGUCCCCGGGUGGUGACUGGCUCACCGUAUUUGUCGGUGCCCGACUCUAGGAGGUCGCUCUCUGCCUCCCCCUCGUCCUCGCCAGAGUCCUCCCCGUUCAUCCCCUCGUCUUUACCCGCACAGUGGCCUACACCUCGUCCGUCGGUAUCUCGAGCCAACUCGCAUGUUCGCUCUUUCUCUCAGUCUGUUACAUCCUCAACGCGACCAUCCCCAUAUCUUCUUCCACAAGGAUCUUCACUCAACAUGGCGCAGCCUCGAAGGCUGCUUAUGCCUACAGUCAGACCAACUCGCCAGCAUAUUUACUGUCCUUCGCCGAAGAUACCACCUUCAAAGACAUCUCCAGCUAAACUUGGACGUUCAAGAGCCGGCUCAUUAGUACCGAGUACGCAGAACUCUCCUGAGUUCUCUAUUACAUCAUCUCCACCUCAGGAUUGGAUCGGUGCUGGUUGUCGCUUCGAAGUGGUCGAAGACCAGCUUGAACUGGACGGAUAUCAAAUUUAUGCCGUAGAGAAAUGGGUUGUAGAACGAAAGCGGCCUGUUACAGUCUUGACGGUUUAUACCGGAAAUCCUAAACAAAGAAUAACGGUGACUGCCCUGAGCCCUUUGUCAUCUCUUUCCGCUGCGGAAGCUCAGGCGGAGUGGGACAAGGCAAUUUAUCAACUACGUCGGGAUGGCGCGAAACCGAGAGAAACCGAUAAAGGGAUGGUGAUGGUUACUUCUCUUGCUAACUUUCGCUCAGAUUACACUAUUGUGCAUAUCCCACGAGGAAGCUUCCUUGACGUCCAAGAGCAGCUAUAUACCAACAUCGACGUCCUCCGUAUGGGGUGCAGUGGCCGAAGUGCUCUGACUCUCGAAGAACCUAGCGAUACGACAAAAGACCGAUUCAUCUCAAUGUACUAUAUAUCUGAGAAGACGCUGACCCGAGCGCAAGAACUCUUCAACCCGACGGUUCUCGAGCUCGUUAAGUUAAUACAAGCUGCAUUAGCCAUCUACGGUAUGUUCGACCUGGCGCCGGACGAGAGGAACGGUCUCCUGUGCGAUGUCACCUAUGAAGGCAUUCAACGAUGGAUUGCCGAGAUUGGCGAGCCGUGUAUACAGGUCGAGCCGACUGAACGAAUAGCGGACCCCUCCGUUGUGGCAGCAUUAUUUAGCAUGAUCCUGACUAUCCGCAACAAGUUGCAUGCGUUAGGCUAUAGUGUACCCAAGGAUCCUUUCAUAGAUCCUGCUGCCUUCAUUAGGUCUCUUACUACCUUCCAGAACUCAAACAAACCUCACGAUCACAAGCACACAUUGUCGCUUCCUCACUAUAACUCUCCUCUAACUCACCCAUCAUCCUCCACAUUGCCAUCAUCCAACAACACGCCUUCAGCUAGCACUGCCAAUAUCUCUUCCAUCUCAUUGACAUUCCUCAGCCAAUCUCUAAUACAGGCCAUUCAAACGGCGUACGACAAAUUCAAACAGUCCGAGUCGUAUAAAGUCCAUAAAGUUCUCAUCAACAAAUUGGAUGACCUGGCUACCGACCUUCGAACUAAUCCUGAAGCUCAUGGGAGGAGUGGUGGCUGGGGAGGAUUGUGGAACAACGCGUUAAAUAACCCUACCACGGAUCUCGACGCCCUCGUUCGGGUAGUCAUUCUCGGCGGGAGCUCGAAGGAUGGUGUUGGUAGUUUACGAUACCUAUGGACUGGCCGGCCACAGGAGGUCGCUAGGAAAAGGCUCGAAAAGGAAAGAUUGGCCGACAACGAGGAGAAGGAGAAUGAAGCUAAAGCCGAGAAGGACGGAAGGGAGAAAGGUAAUGAGAAAGAUAAUAAGGCCUCCGAUGAGGAACCGGACACUAUGGGCGGUAAACCAUGGUCAGGUCGAGUUCAAAAGAAGAUCGAAUCUUGGGCAGCCCUCGGUCGCACCAAGAAACUCAGUGCAGACUUAGGCUCAAAAAUGAAGCCUUGGGUGAGCCCUGAGAGCCCUCUACGAAGUGUUCCUGCUACACAGCCUUUGGUUCCCUCCGUAGUCAUCUCCAGGGACCCUGCGGAUGAGGAAGAUAUCUUGAGCAGUGGGCAAGUGUCUCCGGUUUCUGAUUCGCAGGCUCGAAAUUCAAUGUUGCAUCUGGGUGCACUCCCACCCGCUGCACACUCUGCCGACGAGCUAUCCGAUUACGAUCGUCGCGUAUCUGAGUUCAAUCACAGAAGGCCGCCAAUGAAACCACAUUACCAAACUCGAAUCAUCAGCUGGUCCGAUCCUGUCACUGCCUUGGACAUCAUCGACGACGGCGGAAUAGACAAGAGACGAGGUUCUAGCCCAUUGGGAAGAAGUGCAUAUGAUGGGUUGGAAGACGUUAGCACACUCGUGGAUGGUGAUGAGGCCAUUAGUGAAAGCCAUCGGACGAAACUGCUGAGUCUGCGGGGUCGGAGGAGUUUUGAUGACGCUGAGCGUCUUCGCGGAACUCGAAUACUUCCUGUGGAACGCAUGCGCAUUGAUGUGGAGUUGUGUGGACAAUUGCUUAUCAUGCAUCGGCGUGAACAACAUCUUGCCAAUGUCCUCGCAUGUCUGCAGGCUCUCACUCAAACUCUCGAGACGUCGAACACAACGAUUCGGAAUGAUUUCAAAGAGCAUCAAUCUGCCAUUUCCGAACUCGACGCUCGUGCUGUCUUGUUGCAACAAAUCGAAACUCUGCGGUCAAAGGCGGAUGUGAUGACUCAAGAGACGAAUGCCCUUGCGUACGAAUCUGCGCAAUUCCAGGUGGACGAUUUGUACCAUAUGGCUUCUCAACCUCGUAUGAAAGUAUUCGAAUUACGCGAGAAAGUGUUUGGUACAGGUAGACGACUUCGUCAAGGCGUACAUGGUGCUCAUGGCCAAUUCAAUCGAGUGCAAUGGACGAUCGACGGACGAGAACGGUUAGUGGACAUGUGGGGUCGGACGGAGAUUGAGGCUGAAGAAGAGGUGGCUUUGCCUGGUGCUCAUGUUGUUGUGCCGGAAGAAGCGGAACGAGAGGUGGUUGAGCAUCAGAGUUUGAAGCCGACGUGGGUAUUGAGGUUUUUCAAUUAUUUUGGGAGUAAAUGGGGAGGCGGGAAGGAUCAUAAGCCGACUGGCAAGGGUCCAGAUGCUAUGGUUAUUGCUUCAAGUCCACCGCAAACGGAGUCGAAGGGGCGUCCGGAUUCUGGUCAUGCGUUGAGCAGUUCAGUGGAAUGGGCGGAUGGACGGACAAAAGUUUCUCGACAUAAUAACGGCUAGGGUUGGUUGGGUAUUUUGACCAUUUGAUGGGUCCUGCUUUAUGGUUUCUUUGGGUAUCGUAGUGUACUAUAUAUUUCACCGGACGGAUGAUGGACAACAACAGCAAUGCACUAAAGCAAAAUGUACAUGUAGAUGUAACUAAAUUAUUCGUAUCCCCACCUCCCAGCAAUAUACAAGCAAUGAUAGCUUAAUAGCUCGAUUAUCGCAUCUUUGUCUUGCCCUGAGUUUUACGGAUGGCACGUUUCUUCUCCCGUUCAAGUGC